AAUGGGUUUAUUGGGAACGAUAUCUGCCGGGUAUGAAAUGUGAAAAUAACCAAACAUUGAGGAGUAGUGGGCGCCCCUCGACCAAAACAAACAUGGCGUCACUUUGUGUGGAAGAGACAAUGUUUUGAUGCGUGUCCUUGACCCACCACAGCGUCCACACAACACCCACCCACUAUAAGAGUUGAGAGCGUGGUAUGAGCCGGCCCCACUGGGAGGACAAAGGGGAGCUUGAUUGUUUGAAGGACCAGCCAAGGCGAUGGGGUGGCCGCUGCACCUCACAGAUGGAGUGGAGUGUCAACAGUGAGGCUGGCCCCCGCCCUCCAGGGCCACCCCCUCCUCCCCGCCAGAGGGCCACACCUUCCCCCAUUGAUUAUCGCAGUGAGAGUCGCCGCCGACAUGACAACCAGGAUGCCAAUGUGGCCCAGGGGGGUGCCGGCCCCACCCAUGAGCCCCGGCCGUCCCUCCUGGGGCCUCCACCUCCCUUCACAGGGACGUGGCCUCUUAUGCCUCCCCCAGGUGUGUUCACUGAUGCUGACCGGCCCCCACACGCCAUGCCUGACUACCCUCAGCACCGGUGGAGCCAGGCCCACCCUGGCUUCUUUCAGACAACUCGGGGCCAGUAUGCGUUUGACAUGAAGUGGUGGACGCAGCAGAAGCAGUCCAUGGAUGCGUACCUGGGUGGACCCAGCUGGGGCGACAAUGGCAAAAGUACCCAUCCAGACCCAGACAUGCCCCAGUGGUCCUUUGGCACCCGCGUCAUGAAGACCUCCCGCCGCCACUACCACAGCCGGCCAGGUUAUGGGGGUCCACGGGGUAUGGAGCCCGGGGCCUUCGAGGACGCCAGCCACCACCAUCAGCGGUCCUCUGGGGCGACAGCACACCCGGGCAGCAGGGGAGGACGGCUGGGGGCGCGCAGCAGCCACCACCUUGACUUCCAACCCCGCCACGAUCCCAGCCACAGCCCCACUGACCCCCGCCGCCAUCCCCACCCCUCCAGCCACCUGCAGCUUGUCCGGGGUCGGGAGAGCUCCCUGGACUUCAGGAAGAAGAGCUCUAUGGAGAGGAGCGAGCAGCGUCGGAGCAGCUCCAACCCCCCUGACCAGGGGCCUGAGGGAACAAAGUGGGGCAAGAAGCGAGGCAAGAAGGGGAAAGGGGGACAAUGGGAUGUACCUGGUAGCUUUAAGUCUCACAGUUCACCUAGCAAGAGUAUACGACCUCUUAGUACAAAUGGGGCGUUGGGGCUGGGGCGGGGUGGGCCCAGCUGGCCCACACACAAGGACAAGAAGGCCAAGCGGGAGAAGGCCAGUGCUAGCUAUGCCGAGGCUGCGAAGAAGAAGGCACUGGCGGCAGCUGCUAGCAAGUUGCGCCGCACCUUCCUGGCGGCCAAGAAGAAGAGCACCGGUGGGGAGAACUCCUUGCUGGACGACAGCGAGGAGAAUGAGGGCCCCGGCCGCAGCCCCACCGAUGACAACAAUGCCCAGGAUCUGACCAUGCCUCGCCGCCAUCCCAGCUGCCUUGAGUUUGACAUUGACAUCCGCUUCAGUGCCAAGGAGUGGGCAUCGGUGGGACGGGGCCAGGGCGGUGCACCGGGGAUGCUAGUCAACCCCCAGGGCUCCUCUGUGCCUGGAAAGCACCUACAUAAAGGAGACAACCUAAGGGAGGAGCAGGAGGACUCUGGCACCUAUUCUGAUACAGAUGUGGGCCGCACUGACUCCCACUGGUCUCCUCCUCCUGGCUCGGACCAGCCCUCCUCCUCCUCCUCCUCCACUCGGCGGAGACACCUCUCGGAGAGCUCGGGAGUUAUUGACCUCCGGAAGAAUCCCCCCAGCAGGGGCUCUGCUUCACGCCCUGCCAGCGUUCGCACCAGGUCGUGCUCCAUGAGUCUAGUGGAGGGUGGGGCUGGCCCCAGCAGGUCAGGAGAGUCCCAGCCAUCCAGAAUCAAGCUUCACCUCAUGCCCAAGUUGAGACGGCUCAUGCUAAAGCAACUCCUCAGCAUGGACAAAAAGUCCCUCCAGGAGUUGGUAGAUGACCCUCGGUCCCGCAAGGCCCAGUUCAUGAUGACCCAUCUCAUGUCGGAGCACCGGGCGGCCCUUUCCCAGCGCCUGGCCCAGCAGCGCUUCAAGACGCCUGACGCGCUGCCUGACGAUGAGCUGCAGCUGCUCAACAGUCUGGAGGGCGCCCAUCUCAGCUCCCUGCCGCCAGAGGUGGUGCAGCAGGUUCGAGAAAUCUUAGCGCUGGAGCAAGAAGGAGCAGAGGGAGGAUGGGAGGCAGCAACCAUCUCCCUCAGUGAUUUGCUCCUCCACGGGAGUGAUUCAGAUGCAGACUGCCAGAUCAUCUCCCCACCCCCGCGGGACCCCACCUCCACCAUCACCAUCCAUGACACUGACUCCGAGAUGGAGGAGCUGCCUGAGGAGGACGACGAUGAAGAUGAAGAGGAUGAAGAAGAUGAGGAAGGAGAGAGUGAGCAUGAAACGGAAGAGCAUGUCAACCUGGUUGAAAAUGAUGACAGUGAAAUGGAAGAGGUAGAAGAUGAUGAUGAUGAUGAAGAUGACUUUGAGGAGGAAGAUGAAGUAAGGAAACAACAGCAGCAGCAGCAGCAGCAACAACAACAGCAGCAGUCUCAAGAAGACCAAAUAGCACCACCAACACUUGCAAGCAGUAGCAGCAACAGCAGCUGUAGUAACAGUAGCAACAACAAUACCAUUAACAAUGCUGACAACAGCACUGCCACCUCCACUGCCAUCACAACCACCACCCCCACCACCACCACCACCAACAACAACAACAACAACAACACCAAUAGUAACAGCAGCACCAGCGAGGCUGAUGGAACAGAUGGUGUUGUGAGCAAGAUGGAGGUGCCUGCCACUCCUCCUCCAGUGACUGCUGUCUCAAAGCCCACUCCUGAGGCUCCUCCCCUCCCCAUGCUGCCUCAGAUCCCAGUGGAGGUGCCUAUGUGUGUGAUGGAGCCUCUGGCUGGUGCUGCUGGCAGGGAACUCAGCAGCCAGGUGCGAGAGGCUACCAUGAACCUGAUGGGCAGCCCACCAUCAGCGUUGACCAGCCAGAGACCAGCAGCAGAGAUAGCCCCUGUACCAGGCCCCAGCUCCCUCCUCCUCAAGGUUAAAGAAGAGAGGCCAUCACCUGUCAGUGAGUGUGGCCUGUGUAUGCAUCACCCACGCACACCUCACACCUCAGAGUGUGUGUUCCCUUAUGGUCUGGCUCCACCUUCCCCUGUGGCCCUCAUGCCAGGUCCACCCCGCCCGCUGGGAGCCACCCCGCCCCAGCGUCCCGUGCCACACAUCCCACCACAGCCACCACUGUCAGCCUCACUCUACCAGCGUUCCAUCAAGCAGGAGAAACUUGAUGAGUCUUACCUCAAGUAUGAGCAUGUGAAGCGGCCGUCCUCGGAGGAGCGACCUAAGAAUCCCGCCCCCCCUGAUGCCUUGCCCACCUUGCACCCGGCUGCUGCCCCCGGCCUGCAUCCAGCACCACAGCCCCGGCCACUCAUCUUUUCUCCGGAGAACGAUUUCCCCGACCCGCCCCGGCCUCCCCCCCCCCCGCAGUUUAGUCCCCGCAUCAAGGUGGAGCGACACACCCCCGUCCAGUUCAUGUGUUGUUGCAUGAGGAAUGAGUGUGAGCGCAACAGCACUCACAGCGCCGAGGUGCGGCCCCCAUCUCGCCGCACCGUGGCCACGCCGCAGCCAUCUGAGAGGCGCCCCACCCCACAUCUUUAUAAGAUGGAGCCCCCGUCCCCCUGUGCCUCCCGGGCCAGGACGCCGCACCCUCCUCCACCCACACACUUUGCCCCGCCGCUGGCUUCGCCUCGGUCUGCCAUCUCUGGGGUGGAGGGAAGGGUGCCAGGAGUGGAGACCAGGGUGAGUAUAGGAGUCCAGACUGAGCGUGAGGUGAGGCCCCUGCCAUCCCUGGAUCCCAGCACCAGCAGCAGAAGGAUGUAUGUCCCCAACUUGAGUUUAGCACGAAGUGUGACACCACUCACCACCAUCAAGGUGGACCAGAGCACCAGCACUGAUGACCUGCCCUGGGAACCCUUCCACCCUCAGCCACCACAGCCGCUCCUGCCUGUGCACCACAACCAACAGCAACACCACCUGGAGCUGCAGCACCAACAACACCAACACCAACAGCAGCAGCAGCAGCAGCAACAACAGCAGCAACAGCAGCAGCAGCAGCAGCAGCAGAGUAAGAGUCGAGGCAAGGGGUGGUGGUGGCACAGGGCAGGUCGCCCAAGGAACCAUGUUGCCCAGUUGGCUGCAAUUUCUAAUUCUCUGAACAAUUUUGAGUGGAGCAAUGAGGCUGGUGCAGCACUGCAGCAGAUGGCAGUGCUUGGAGAGCAGGAGGGGGAGCUGCUGCGUCAUGCUGAGCUCUUAGACCAAGAGGUCCACGACUUGCUGAGAGAGAGGCGGCGUGUAACGGAGGAAUUGGCUCGCCUCCAGCAAUUGCGAGCUAGUAAGUUGAGACAGUUGGUGCAGCAGGAUGGUUCUGGUCAGGAGGGAGCAGAGGGUCCUGGCCCCCGGGGACCCACAGGAGACUCCCGUCCUCACAGGGUGAGUCAGCAAGAUUCAAGCUCUGAUGGUGGGGAGCCCAUGGAUGGUGCCAACUCCAGCAGGCAUGAUCCAGUAGAGAGCCUGGCCCAGCGGUACGGUGGGGCCGGGCGGGGCGACGCCCAUGUUCAGUCCACCACAGACAAUGCUUCUGUUGUGUCGUCCUCGCAGGAGAAGACACCCAGGGUGCGUUCCUUCAGCUUCUCUCACACCUCCUCCAAUGACUCCAGUAAUGAAUCUCAGUCAGUGAGGAGGCAGCGGUGCACCUCCACCUGCCACUCUCCCGGGCGAGGCCACAAGUCGCGGGAGUCUCAGAAUGGUCACUAUCAAGGCUCCAGUAGUCCGAGGGAAGGGUACUACCAGGUAGAGGGUGGCGUGGCACACCUGAGCCUGCGUCCUGUCGCCAACACCGACUCGGAGACAGACAAUGAUGUGGGAGCGCUGGGUGGGUCGGUGGAAAGUUCGGAGGCCAAGGCAGCCGUGUCGGAGAGCCAGAACUCCAACCGAAAUAGGAUGAGUUCCCUCUCCAGCUCUGCAGAAGGUGACACAGAGAGUGAGGCGCCACCAGACCCAGAUGAGGAUGACAGAAUAUCUAGUCUGGGUCUCAAGAUGACUUUGGAUGAGGGUGAGGCUGUAGUGGACUCCUCCCAGAGGCCAGAUGAAAAACCAGAUAAUGACUCCAAUAAUCUGGAAGACCACUCUGGAACUUGUCCACUCCCAGAGCAGAGGGAGCCAGGGCCCAGCAGAUUGCAAGACUUGCAUCUAGCACAGAAGGUGGAGGAUUCUGGCACACCUGACAAGCAAGAAGAGUCUGUGUCCUCUGUAACACUUCUCUGCACUAAAUCAGGGUCUCAAGACAGUCCCCAGAGAUCUGCAACACCUGUAUCAGCCUCAGCCAACCAAUCAUUUUCUCCCUCAUACCUCAAGUCUGAGCCACAAGACAUAUCUCACCUGACAGACAAGGAGGGAAUGAAACUAGAGAAACAGGAGACAGUGGACCCUCCCAGUAGUGAGAAGUGUGUGGAUGAUAAGAUGCUGGCCCUGAAUAGCCAUCUGUCCCUACCAUCCACAUCACAGGCAGCCUCAGACAGAGAUACCAUUAUCAGUUCUCAGAAGAAGACCUGCUUGACCUUGUCAUCGUCGGCCUCCUCUUCACCCAUGUCUUCUCCAGAGAGCCAGAAGUCAAAGAACAGCUCCAGUGAACACUGCUACAGCCUCAGGUCUCGCGGGCCCCCACACCGCAUGAGACAAGUACCCCAGAGACCCUCCAGUGACAGUCAGGAGGAAGAUAAAAAAAGAAGCGACAAACCAUCUGAGGAGCAGGCAGGGCACAGCAGGGACAAGGAAGAUGAACAGGGAGAGGACAAUGACUCUGAAGAUGGUGGUGAGGAUAAAAAGAGGAAACGUAAGAGAAAGUCCAAGAGACACAGAUUCAACAAACGCAAGAAAAAGAAACUCCACGAGAAGAUUGGAAAGCACUCUCCACGGCCAGUGACUGAAGGCAUCAACAAGGGAGGAGUCUCACCUGUGCGGGACGAGGACAGGUUCUCAGAUGAGGUGCUGGAAAGCUCUGGUGAUGAGUUGGCCUUUGUGACUCCCCCAGCUCAUGGUAGCGCUGUGCUGGACAUGAAGGUGGUGGGUGGAUACAUCAUGACGGCCUCCAGCGAUGGCACAGCCCGCUGCUACGAUCCAACAUCAGGACAGGUCAUGGCCACCUACACGGACCACACGGACCUGGUCACCUGCAUUGGGGUGGUGGGCCGGCCAAACUAUGAUUCUGACAAUACAAAGUUCCUUGUGGUGACAGGCUCAGCAGACAAGAGUGUGUGUGUUUUCAAUGGCAAGACUGGUGAGGUGCAGCAGAGGCGGGACGUCGGGGAAGGAGUGCGGUGCCUUGACAUCAGUUGGGGCCAGGUGUUCCUUGGCACAGAGGGAGGCUGUGGAGCAAGGUGGAACUUCAAGGACAAAGGAGUGACGGAAAUGGUACAGUUCUGCGGCAAGGCUGUGACCAGCAUGAAGGCCAUGACGGAGGGUGGCCGCCGCGUGCUGCUGGUGGCGGCCAAGACCACGCCACUCAUGAUUCGUGAUGCCAUGACAGGGUUGUUCCUCCGCACACUGGAACACAUCCAGAUGACAGUGUAUGCCACAGUCUCCUACAGUGGCCUGCUGUACACUGGAGGUUCCGAGAAGAUCAUUGUGUACCACGAUUUCACGUCUGGCAGUAGCCGUGGACACCUGGAGAGUGAGGCUGAUGUGUCUUGCCUCACUGUCUACAGGGACUAUCUCGUGGCCACAUGUUACGAUGGACUUGUCAGAAUAUUCUGCUUCAAGACUGGGAAGCUUCUACAUAGACUAUCAGUAGAAUCAACCAACAAGAUGUUCAUAUGUUCUGCUCUGUACAAGGACAGGCUGCUAGUGGGCAACAAGACUGGGGAAGUGGUGGAAUGUCGGAUGCCCCGAGAGCUGAAGGCCCUGCCCAGCUCUCCAUGAGACAACCCAUGGCACAGGUGGCUUGCAACCACCCCGGUGACAAGCAACUCAGGCUGGAUUCAAAUACUCGAUGCUUGGCCCUGUCCAACCAGGCUGCAGCAGGAAGAAAAUACACCUUAGGUUUAGUUGACGUGUCUUGUGAUACACGUGGGACAGUGUUGGUGCUGUCCAGCCCAGUGAUUGGAAGUGGAGGGACAGUCCUGAGGUUGGUGUCUCACCCACCAACUCAAGACUAGAUACUGAUUUCAUAAUAAGUGAUUAAGUUUCUCUCUUUGUGAGGAAUCGGUGCUCAGAAAUUCUAAUAUCUUAGAGUAUUAGGUCAAAAUAAAUUGCAUUAUUUUUAUUUUUUAUGGUAAGGAAGUGAAAUAGGUAAGUGAUGGAUAGAGAUGUGGAAGUGGCGGUUGCGGAGGCAUUAUGAGUAAUGGUGGCAGUCCGUUCCGUCGUGUAUCCCCAUGUUUGCGUAAUGUUGUCUGGCUCAAUCUUGCUCACUUUUUUGUGGAACCUGUGUGCUCCAAGUUCAAUGUCCAUCCAGUUGUCAGUAAACACUCCUACAUUAGCUAGCCAGACCCUCACAUCGCCAGUCUGCCGCCGGUGGGAACCCCAGCACCACACAAAACCUGAUCACACCCUUUGAGCCCUGCAUGGUUGCCCUCUCAGCUUUUGGCCUGAGCAAUUUAGAAGUGCAGGUGAAAGGCUGAAAGGACUCCACCAGUUUGCCCAAAACAGAGUACUACAUUCUGCUGGGUGCAGCGUGGUCCUGCAUUUUGUGUUUCAAGUUUCGGAUCCAUAAUAACUCCUGUGUAAUGGGCAGUGUCUCGUUUUUCACUUGUUAUGGACGAUGGUGAGUCUUAUGUUGACAGUUGACUCCAGUCAGUGUGGGAAAGAGUGAAGAAAACCCCUCAGUCGAUACAACUCACUACCAGAUGGUUUGAACGAGAGGAUUGAUUUUUUUUUUUUCUAAUGAUUCUCCAUUAGUGUUUGCACCACACGGUAUGACGCCUGUGGUAGCGCCGCCCUUCGGGGCAUGGACUAAUUUUGAUUCAUACUUGGAAUCCCUGUCCUAUGAUGUCUUUCAGAAGCAAAUUUGUAGAUCUCUGUUUUGUACUCUGACCUUUUUAGAUUUGUCACUUUGAACAAGAGGAAAUUGACAACCACUUAUAUUUUGUUAGGCAGGAACCGUUUUUUUGGAGUCACUAUGUGUAAACCAAUUCUCCGGUGCCCUCUCCUACCCCAUCCUCUUUUUUUGCACCUGAAGCACAAAACUCAUGUGAUAUGGAGGUGCACCCAGGAGACCCAGGAAUGCUUGGGCGCACUUCCAGGUUCUCACAACGUCUCUGUGUGAUUGAUUCGGGUCACACCUCUGGCAGCUGUAAUUACCCAGUUACAUGUCCACUCAAGUGUCAGCCUUCCAGGACUGCCUCCUUAUCGAGGCAGCAAGGAAAGGUUGGGGAGCAAGAGUGAGGCUUGCUGCCAUCACAAGCAGCUCUUGGUUAAUUGAGAAAAACAGGGGCUUAGUCAACAGCUUGAAUGCUAAGUGGCAGGCCAAGAAAAUAAACAGUAGAUUUAAAUUUAUGUUUAGAAAACUACAUCAAAGUACACUAUUUGCAGGUAUAGUAUCCAAAAUAGUUCAAACUAGAUUCUCUUAAAGGACUCUGGCACCUUUGGUAUUUGUCCAGACAACUGGCUGCUGUGGCCUGGCAGUGUAAUCCUUCAAGUGGUUGCUAAGCCUGUGCAGGCAAGGCCAGGCCCCAUCAUUGGAAAGGUCUGUAUUAGUUAAAGCAACAAGCAAAGACUUAAGGCUCAAAGCUUCCAGAGGUGCAUGUUGACAAUGAAUCUUUGCAAUAUUAGAUUUACUGAAUUUUAGUUUAGCAAGAGUACUUUAUUUUAAAGAGGUUUUUUGCAUAGUUUCUAAGGAUGCUGAGUAGCCUCCUGGUAAUUUUGUAGUGAUCUUUUUUGUGGGGGUGAGGAACGCUUGUGAGGCUGGUGCCCAGGGUGCACCUCUUGGAGCUAGUCAGGUGAAUCAAGACAGUGGCCAUGCUCUUGUUUUAUCAUUAUUUGUCUUAAGUCUGAAAGUACAUUACAUUACUUAUUUUUUCAAGGGUUUAAGAGUAAUAAGUGUUUUUUGCUCAUACAGAUCUCAAAUGUGACAAUUGUUGUGAAAUUUUAAUGUUUAUCACAUACUUGCUGUUUAUACAACAAAGUAAAUUAAAAAAAUAUAUAUAUGAAAAAGG